AUGGAGGACCCUGAGAAGAAAGUGAACCAGAAGAGUGAUGGUAAACCCCGGAAAGUGCGGUUUAAAAUCUCCUCCUCCUACAGUGGCCGAGUGUUGAAGCAAGUCUUUGAGGACGGGCAGGAAUUAGAGUCGCCAAAGGAGGAAUACCCUCACAGUUUUCUCCAAGAGUCCCUCGAGCCAAUGGAUGGUGUUUACGGGUCUGGGGAAGCCCCCAAACCCCAACUGUACUCCCCUAAGCUGACUGCUCAAAGGAUCAGUGUGUUCAGGGAGGGCAGUGCCUACACUUUGGCAGGCAGCCCAUCUCUCUUCAACGAUUACAAGGUGAAUGACCAUAAGCCUCCACCUAUCAUAGAUUUUGGAAAGAUAAUCAUCUACACAAAUAACCUGAAGAUCAUUCGAAUGCCAAUGGACAAGAAAGAUUUCAUGAGGAAAAUUCUCCAAAAAGAGGAGGAAGCUGAGGAAGAGUUUCUUAUGAACAAAGAAGAAAACUAUAGAGAAAGCAACCAGAAUGAUGGGCCUUUGCCAGAGACAGAAAACACGUUCCCCAAUAGCCAGUAUGCACAGGAGGGGGAGCUUCCCGAGGACAACUGUUUUCACUGCCGAGGGUCGGGCAGUGCCACCUGCUCUCUGUGCCACGGCAGCAAGUUCUCAAUGCUGGCCAACAGAUUUAAGGAGUCCUACCGGGCCCUGCGGUGCCCUGCCUGCAAUGAGAAUGGCCUGCAGCCUUGCCAGAUUUGCAAUCAGUAG